AUGGACGAGUAUCCCCCGUGCAGCUUGGACCAUUGUUUGCCCUUGGCUGUCGUGCUUGGCCUGCCUUCCAAAUACGCCCAAGAAUCCUCUCUUGACUCCCAGUACAAGGACGGCGCCACACUGAUACGGUCAGAGCCGCCGCCGGUGGAAGGUGACCAGGUCGGCGCUCUCAUACAGCACAUCCGGGACACCGAUGCGUCUGGGCUCCCUUGGAACGGGCGGGACACGAGUAACGUCAAGUACAAGUUCCGCUUCAGGACCACUGGCAGGACUUACCUGCUACCGCCGAAGCUUGCCCGCCUUCCCGACGAUUUCGAGAUCCCACCCUCUCAGGCCGUCUUACACUCGCCUUUCUCGCCCCUCAGUCCCACAGCGAACCUUUAUCCCGAUGGUCUGGUAGACCAGUCAUGGCUCAAGAAGCACCAAGAACUCGUACCGAGCGUUUUCGUGUGCCUGUACAGCCUCACGGCGGAUGCUACCUUGGCAACCCUCCAUGACAACAAGAUCAAGACAGAUAUAGGCGUCCUCAGGAAUGCCCUGGCCCAGUCUGGCUGUAAAUCAAAAUUGGCUGUGAUAGUCCUGGUCGACAACAAUCAUGGAGUACAGGAACGGCUGGAGAACAUUCGCAGGGGCAGUGGACUGGAUGCCAAAUCAUUCUUUGCUGUACCGACUGAUGCCUCGCCCGAUGAGCUUGGCCGCAUAAUGGACAACGCCCUGACGACUCUUUACGCACAGUCCAUCGAGUACUACCGUGACCAUGGCAGGCGCGUCAAAAAGAAAAGGGGUCGUGGCGCUGCCCCUCAGCCCACUGUCCCGCCCACCUCCGGUACUUCACAGACACUGUCCCUUCCGGGGUGGCAUGUCCGGUACGACUUUAAAUCCGCCGUGUUUGCAGAAUACCGCCAGGAGAUGGAUGUGGCGUUGCGUUCCUUUGAACAGGCCUACGAAAAUCUGUUGAGCUCCGAGGUUAUGGAGAUCAUACCCAGCUGGAGCCCAAGAUGGAAUCAGGCCCGGUUUCUAGCCGACGUCAUCGCUGUGCGGUGCAUAAGGUGUCUUAUGUGGAACGACCAGCACACAGCGGCAGUCAGGCGUUGGGAAAGCCACCGGGAGAGGAUAGCAGAUUUCGUCGACCGACAAGGGCAUGGGACUAACAACUAUGGCUGGGAGGCGUGGGAAGCACGCUGGGCCGUGGUAAUGGCGAAUCUCAUCGAGAAAGCCGACAUUCCUGACUUUGAUCAUUCCGCCGUAAGCAUUUACCUACCACCGGAGAAGUCUGCACAAGCAGAGAGAAUACAGCCAUGGGAAAUGCUGCAUCACCCGGGCUACUGGUACCGUCUAGCGGCGCGACACACCUUUGCGCGUCGACGUUUUGCUUUCAAAAUGCCUGAAGACGACAGGAGGUCACCGAGCGAAUCUCCAGCCUCCAAGCUGGCGUCAAAAGCCUUCAGGUACGACAGCUACAUGUGUCCUGAACCCUACGACGAGCUGCCUCUGGCUCGGUCAGGGAUCAACCACUCUCAAAUAAUUCUGGAUUACCUUCUUUCCGCACAGUCAUAUUUCAUGAAAAAACAGCAACAACGCCUCGCCGCUGAGGUUUCCCUCGAAUGCGCCAAAGAGCUGGCUGCGGUCAAAGACUGGACAAAUGUGGUCAAGAUUUUACGUCCCUUCUGGGAUGAAUUGUCAUUUCGGCGAGAUGGUUGGCCAGAGAUUACCGAAGACAUGUGCUGGGUGUUGAGAGCUGCAGCAGUCGAUAUCGCGCAGGCUGAUCUCGUAGUGUCCAUUGAUUGGGAGCUGCUAAACAAUAGGUUUAAGAAGCAUCCCAAGUGGCACUACGACUUGAAAAAAUCUCUCGAUGGUGUCAAGGCGCCCAGGCCGUCUAUAGAUUUGAAUGAUGAGCUGGGCACAUCCUUCAUCAUGCCUUCAUUCGUCUUCCGGCAUGAGGAAGGGAAGGCCGGACUUACAUGCCAGGCUCAAUUGUCCAUAACAUCAAACGCGGUCUUGGGAUCCACGCCAAUCGCUUUGGAGAGCAUUAUCCUGAGGUUUGACGGUAGCAUCAAGCCGAUUCUGCUAACCCACACACAGGACGGCGACGCUGAGGCGUCAAGCCGAGGACCUGUGUCUUUGCAUGUUGUCUCGCUGGCCGAGGCCACAACGGAGGUCGAUCAGGAGACUUCAGCUUCUGGAGACCUAAGUGGUCAGUUGCACUUGAGUGGCACGAGUGACUUGACCAUGACUCCUGGGCGCACCUCCGUUUUCGAGAUGAACAUUCCGUUGAGAGAGCCUGGCGAUGCUAGCGCUUCGUCACUCAAGUUCACUGUCAACUAUGAUGCAUUCGCCUUGACAUAUACUACCAACGUGCAGAAAGCAGGCAGCGGGCACGCGUGGCACACCGUACGAUCAAGCAGACGGAUCGCGCGUACUCAUCCUCAGUCCAUUCGGGUUCUACCUAGGCCUCCCAAGAUGGAGAUCAGAGAGGUGGAAUUUCUUGAGCAGUACUACACGAAUGAGGUCAUUGAGCUGCCAUUUGACAUUAUCAACGAGGAAGAAGUUGAUGCAAACGUCAAACUGGAUGUCACAGUGCUCAGCGAGGAUCCACCAAAUAUCAAGCUGAGAUUCGGUGAUGGUGAAGAAAAGCGGGCUUUAGCAGACGGCGAGGAGUGCACACUUCAUGGGGCGCCUCUCGGGCUGAUCAAGAGCUCGGAGUCAUCGCGGGUCACAUUGGUUCUCACAGGCGCAGAGCAUACAGCGGCAUAUACUCUGACGUUAAAGGCGUCCUACAGCCUUGUUACCGACGCUGCCACCUCGAUCAUACAAUCUGCUACAUUCCGCAUCAAUGUCGCCAGCCCAUUCGAGGCAAAUUACGAGCUCCUCCCUCGCCUUCACCCGGACCCCUGGCCAAGCUUAUUCGACCAUGAAGGAAUUCAAAAUCCAUCAGCAGGCGUAACUGGACCGAGCAACGGCCUUGCACAGGCUUGGUGUCUUGUGACUCGAUACGCCUCAUUUGCCUCUGAGAACUUGACGGUUCUGGACCUUGAUAUCGAGGUCCAGCCUGCGCACGGCAUACAAUGCCAGACGUCGAAACGAAAGGCCCUGCCACCUGACGGUCUGCAGGUCAGCCCCAAGACCAUCGAGGAGACGCAGUUUGACGUCGCUGUCAAGAGGGCAAGUCUGGACGAGCGAAUGCCGACCGGCCUUGACGUGUCAUUUAUCAUCAAAUGGGCCCGGCCAGGUGCUGAACCCGGCUCGUCCAACAGAACCCUCCUCGCGGUCCCUCGCCUGCCCGUGUUCAACACGGAGCCCAGGGUUCUUGCGUCCGUCUCGCACGCCAAGCAGGGCGGGCAGGUGGAACAGACCGUGCUGCUUGACAUCACCAUUGAGAACGCCUCGAACCACUUCCUCACCUUUGGGCUGACGAUGGACCCCAGCGACGAGUUUGCCUUCUCCGGUGCGAAGCAGACCACCCUCAACCUGCUCCCAGUCUCCAGGCGGACGAUGACGUAUCGGCUGAUCCCCUUGGUCGCGGGUGACAGCUGGAUCAGGCCGACCCUGACGGUCAAGGACAAGUAUUUCCAGAAGGUGUUGCGGAUUAUUCCGACAGACAGCAUGAAGGCUGAUAAGGAUGGUGUCUUGAUCUGGGUACCUCCAGCUACUGGGAAUGGAGACGAGGAUUAA